AUGGUAACUACAAGCGUGGCCACGCAAGGGUCUACGCGGUCCGGAAUGCGGGCCGUGAUAGACGACGAUGCAGUAGCCAGUCGCAAGAGAAAGGCAUCAGAGCUGUCGAAUAAACCAGCCACGGCCCGUCAGAAAAUCACCCGAGCCUGUGACUCGUGCAAACUCAAGAAAACGCGGUGCAACGGCACCUUGCCCUGCACGCGAUGUACGCGGCUGUCGCUGCCCUGCAAAUACAACGCUGCCUACUCCAGAGGACUGCCGCCAGAACCUCCACCGGCAUCCUCGCGCUCUUUCUCAACUUCGGCUGUGCGUCGGGAAUCCGGAGAUGCUCGCCAGUCCAACAGUCCUCGUUCCCGCAGCAUCAGGGCUUCGACCCAGGACGAUCAGCAUCAGUCGCUCCUCCGCCAGCGUCCUGCAGUAUCAUCACCCCGGACAUCGCCCGAGCCUGGGUCCACCGAUUUCGAGGGCAAUUAUCUCGGCCCGGCGUCCGGUGUGUCGUUCAUCAACCGGGUCUGGAGUCGUCUGCACCAGGACGAGACAACUCACAUCCCCGACGAGCUGCAGCGGGAGUCCUCGCGGAACACGGCUGUGUUCAUGUUUGGCGAUAAGCCAUACUCUGACUACCAGGAAGCUGAAUUCACGCUUCCGUCCUUUGACAAGUCUUUGGAGCUUGUGGGCAUCUACUUCGACUUUUCUAUUGUGACGUACCGCUUCUUGCACCGUGGGAGUGUCGAGGAAUGGGUCAAGUAUGUCUAUCGGAACAAUAUCUCGCUUGCGAAUCCGCCGGUUGGGAACAUGGUUGCUAGGACGGCUAUUGUUCUGAUGGUCUUCGCUGUGAGCACGCUGUAUGAAGAGCUGCAGCCGGGUGAGACAGUAGACGAGCGGAGCAAAAGUGAACGAUGGUACGCGGCUUCGAAGUACAUGUCGUCCCUUGAAUCAGGUCCCCCGCGACUUGAAACUAUUCAAGCUCGACUCGGCCAAUGUCUGUACUUGCUGUCAUCUUCGCGCGCCAAUGAAUGUUGGUAUUCGUUUGGCACCGCCCUGCAGGUCGUCACAGCUCUUGGAUUGCACCGCAAGUGGCCGGCCAAACUCUCAAAGAACGAAUGCUCGUACCUUGAAUUGGAACUCCGCAAGCGAAUCUUCUGGAGCGCCUACACCCUGGAUAAAUACCUCAGCAUCAUGUUUGGACGGUCUCGGCUGCUCCGUGACGAGGAUCUCGAUCAAGAGCUGCCGGACGAGAUGAACGACGAGGAUCUGUUGGAGGAGGAUCCGGCAAGACGCACUGGCUCUGCAGAUAGCAUGAUGAUUGCUUCGGCCCUGCAUUACCGGCUUGGUCGCAUUCUAGGCGACAUCUCCCGGCAACUAUACAGCAUCAACCCGUUUUCUCGAGACUCAGCCCUAGAAACCGCCGUGCGCCUCACCUCAGAACUAGAGAGAUGGAAAGAGAGCGUGCCCCCACUCUUCAACAGCGUCCGACCCUCGAGCUUAAUCCCGCCGCUCUGUCGCCAAAGCCAGGUCCUGCAGCUAGCCUACUCGCACGCCAUGAUCCACGUAACACGCUCGUUUCUUCUAAACGACUUUACAGAUCUCAGCCGGCGCCCGACAAUCCCGCACCACCCGACAGUCAGCACGCACGUGCAGAAGUGCAUCGAGGCCGCCCAGGAUGUCAUGACCCUAGUCGACAGCUUGGCCCAGCAAGGCAUUCUAAUCCAGUCGUUCUGGUUCACGCACUACGUGACCUUCUGCGCUAUCCUCGUCGUCUAUAUCCAUACUAUCCAGCAACACCGCCAAUCCCUGGCUCCGAGUCCUGGGGAUGAUGCCGAUGAUGCCCGGCAGCAGCAGCGCUACCUCUUCUCGCUGGCGGAGACUUGCCAGCAGCAUCUUGCGGAGGCUACGCGCAAGAACUGUCCGAGUCGUCGGUAUAGUAUUAUUCUUGAGGAGCUGCGCCGCGAGGUUCGACGCCAGAUCGGCUCGGACGAUACUGCUUCUGCGACUGGACAGGCGCGUGCUGUCCGGCUUGGCAUUGAAGACCCUGCGGCGCAGAAUGCCGGUUCGCCGAAUGGUCCUGAUCGACCCCUCGCUCUUGAUCCUGGUGCUAUGGCUCUCCCUCCCAUACCCGGUAUCCUUCAGCCAGCUGAGCUGGGUGAGUCGCCCAUCGAUCGCGGCGAUGAUAUAGGGUUUCUUGAGAGCCUUGAGGGUUCGAUCUGGUGGACGCAACUUGACUCAUGGGCUUUGUCUAGUUUCCCGAAUGAUCCAUCCACGUUUACAUUCUGA